AUGGGAAAUGGGAGUGAGGAGACUAACAUCUUCCUGUCAUCUAUAUCAGAGGAAGAAGAUAUAUUUUUUGGAAUAAUUUAUUCCAUAUAUGGUAUUUUAUCCCUGUGUGGAAACAGCAUUCUUUUGUUUAUUGCACUGAGGAAACGGCACGUGCUUAAACCAGCUGAAUAUUUCAUUGUGAAUUUAGCCAUCAGUGACAUUGCAAUGAUCAUAACUCUAUUACCACUGGCCAUUCCAUCAUUAUUCGCACACAGGUGGUUGUUCAGUCAACGAUGGUGCUUCUAUUAUGCCUUUUGUGGUGUGCUGUUUGGCAUCUGCAGCCUUACUAACCUGACAUUGCUGAGCAUUGUCUGCUGUAUGAAGGUCUGUUACCCUGCAUAUGGGAACAAAAUCACAUCAGAAUAUGCUUGUAUCUUGGUGUCUUCUGCUUGGGCAUAUGCUUCAGUAUUCGCCAUCUCCCCUCUGGCAAACUGGGGCCACUAUGGACCAGAGCCCUAUGGGACUGCUUGCUGCAUAGACUGGAAAGCACCAAAUUCGGAUUCCCAUGCAAUGUCCUACAUCAUUGCACUCUUCGUCUUUUGCUACUUCUUCCCCUGUGGCAUCAUCACCACAUCAUACACACUCAUCCUGCUGACUGUAAAAGGUUCGAGAAGGGCCAUGCAACAACAUGUAUCCCCACAGCCAAACUCCACCAAUGCUCACAAUCUAAUUGUAAAGAUGAGCAUUGCUGUGUGCAUUGGAUUCUCAGUGGCAUGGACACCGUAUGCGAUUGCAGCAAUGUGGGCAGCAUUUGACAACGCUGAGAAGGUCCCACCAAUAGCGUUUGCUGUGUCUGCUUUAUUUGCAAAAUCCUCAACCUUAUACAACCCUCUCGUCCACAUCCUGUUCAAACCCAACUUUCGGAAGCUUUUAUACAAAGACUGGGCGCAUUUACUCAACCUCUGCAGGAGACAGCGUAGACAAUGGGACAACGAGGUGGGCCUUACAUUGCAAGCAGCCAGCGAUCAGUCCGCACUGACCUCCUCCAGGCAUCCAAAUGGAUUUGCACAUAGGCAGGGUGGCUGCAACACGUGCGCUGAUACCUUCGAAUAUUUCAGUAACACAAAAUCUCUCGAAACGGGGGAAUCUGCAUCCAAAGCCAGCCUUCUUAUUUCAAGUGAUAACAGUCAAGAACAUGGGCCCAUGAAGUUAACCACACUAGUGAUGUUAACUAGAAGCAAAGCAUCUCCCAGCAUCGAGAGUAUUGAGGUAUCAAUAGACACGUUGCCCACCAAACAGACCAAGGAUCUCAAUAUAAUUUGAAAAAAAAUCAACUACGUGGAAUGUCGUGGAAUUCUUUGAAGUGUGGUGGAGAA